AUGGGCAAAAUGGAGGAAGAUGGCGAACGUGGGCGUGAUCGCGUUGAUGUCAAUCCACUCGUCAGCUCUAUGUUCACACCCGGUAUCGACGAAAUCGCAAAGGACCUGAACUGCUCCACCACCGCAGUCAUUGGCACAACGACCGGCUUCGUGGUUAUGCUAGGCAUCGGGCCACUUCUACUGGCUCCGUUGAGCGAAACAUUUGGACGGCGUGUCGUCUAUCUGACUUGCUUUUCAAUCUUCACGCUCCUCCAAAUACCAACCGCACUUGCGCCGAAUAUCGCCUUCCUUAUAACGGUCCGAAGUGUUGCAGGCUUCUUUGGGAGUGUUGGCAUCGCGAACGGUGGAGGCACAAUCAGUGAUAUGUUUGUGCCUAGCGAAAGAGCCGGUGUUUUUGGGUGGUAUCUUUUGGGACCAUUACUAGGACCAACACUUGGACCCUUGUUUGGAGGGAUCAUCGUCCAAAGACUCGGUUGGCGGUGGGUUUUCUGGGUCAUGACUAUCGUGUGCUUCGUCAACACUUUGGCCGGAUACUUCUUCCUACGCGAGAGCUAUGCCCCCGAGAUUCUGAAGCGAAAGAAGGCGAAAUAUGAGGAGGAAGCUUCCGACAUGGAGGGAACGAAAUACUCGUACGAAGGCGAAGAUGAGCGCCCAUUUAAGCAAAGAAUCGCGCAAUCUUUAACACGCCCGCCGAAGAUCUUCGCCCAACCUAUCGUGGCAACAAUGGCCGUCUACCAAGCACUCAUUUUUGGCACAACGUACAGCAUAUAUACCAACAUGCAGCCAAUUUACCAAGACCUAUACGGCUUCGACACCGAAAAGGUUGGACUCUUAUACCUUGGACCUGGUCUCGGCUUCUUGUUUGCCGUUUGGUUCCUCGUUCCUCGUAUCGAUACCGUCUACAAGAGCCUCACAGCCAAGAACAACGGCAAAGCCAAGCCAGAAUUCCGACUUCCGCUUGCCAACAUUGGGGCAGUAUUCAUCCCAGUAUCGUUGUUCUGGUUUGCAUGGACAGUCGAAAAGCACGCGCACUGGUUCGCUUCGAUAUCAGGCACGUUCUUCUAUGGCAUUGGACAAGUUAUGAUACUGAACUGCACGCAAAAUUACUUCAUUGAUAGUUUUGAACAAUAUGCAGCAAGCGCUAUCGCCGCGGGCGCAGUCUUCAGAAGCUUGGUCGGUGGUAUCAUCCCGCUUGGUGCGCCAGCACUGGUUCCGAAAAGCUAG